UGUCAACGGUCAAAUUUAAAUUGUAUUGAAAGCGGACGAGAGAAGAAAAGAGGUCAUUUUCCCGACCGAACGCCUCGUUCUCGCCCUGCUUCGCUUCCGACCAAACCCUGCGAGAAGGCGAAAAUCUUCUUCGGCUUCGAUCUUUUUUCUCUUCUUUCUUAGUUUCUUCCUUCUGUGAGUCUACAUUUCUAGGGUUUCCUGAUCUGUAUCUGUGUUUGUGGUAGAAGCCCUAGAGUUUUGAAUUUCAAAAAGUUCGAAGUUCGAUCUGUUGAAGAGACCGGAGAAACGCUACGGUGAUUUAGGGUUUUAAAGAUCGGAGAAUGGAGGUUCCUCAAGAAGUCGAUGUUUUCAUCAAAGAAUCCAUAGAAUACUCGCUUGGUCUUCCAGUGUCAGAGAAGACGUUGGAGUUGAAGCUUCAAGCGUCUGAAGAGGCGAUGAAACGGCUCCAGGAUCAGUACUUUUAUCUGCAUAGCCGAUUAAAGUUGAAAGAUGAAAUACUUGAGCGUGCUAGGGCUGAAGCGAGUAUGAACGCGCAAGCGUUGAAGAAGUUCGUAGAAGAGAAUCAGAAGUUGGCAGUGGAGUGUGCUAACCUAAUGAGUCAGUGUUCGAGGUGGGAGAAGGAGUGCUCCUUGUAUGAUCGUGAUAGAGAAGCUUUGAUGGAAUUUGGGAACGAAGCGGAUGAACGGGCCAAGGAGGCUGAGAUUCGUGUCAUGGAAUUGGAGGAGGACCAGAGAAAACUUGCAGAGGAAGUGGAUUUUUAUAAACAAGAGUGCAAAACACGGAGGGAUAGUGAAUCAAGGGUAGUUGAAGAGUUGGAACUUCUGAGGGAGAGGCUAAUUGAACUUGAGCUUGCCAGCCAAUUCUCUUCAUCAAAAACGGAGAGUCAAAUGGCAAGGUCACAUAUACCAGCUUCAAUGCCUGUUGAUAAUGGAGUCAGUACAAUCUCGGAAAGACAUUUGCUUGAUUCUUUGGUAGCCUCUUUGAUUGGCAAUGAUAAUAUUGCAGCUAAUGCACAUACUUUUCUAGAAGAAAAUAGUGAAGUUGAAUCCUGCCAGAGAUUGCUCAAGAUUUGGGAAUGCCUGAGACCAUCAACUAAAAAUGUUCUAUCAUUGGCUGCUGAGGUCAGUGCACUGAAGACAGACAAGGAACAUCUCAGAAUUAACCUAAACAGAGCUGAAGAAGAGGUGAGAGUUUUGUUUGAAGAAAAUAACAUCUUGGAUGAGGAGAACAAGAAAUUAUUGAGGCAGUGCAACAGAGAAAGGAACCAUCAUGGAUCUGGUGGAAAACAUACAAACAGUGCUUCUGGCAAGGGGAACAAGCGAAAAUCUAGCCCCAGGAUGACUAAUUCCUUUGAGGGGAUGCUGGAUUUUAGUGGUCCUGAUUCACCAAGACCUCCUUUGUCAGCUCUGCACAAUAAUUCUCCUGAUUCAAGAAUGCAUAAGAAAUAAAAAAGGAAAUUGGAUUUGUAUUCUUUUGAACACUUGAUCGUCUCUGUUACUUUUGGUAACCCAGUUGAUGUUAUUUUCUUAUAAGAGGUAAAAAAAAAAAAAAAAAAAUGAAGCAAAUUUGAACUCUCCUUGUCCCGUCUUGUUUGGUUGUUUUAUUCAGGUUCGUGUUACUUUUGGUAACCCAGUUGAUUGAACACUUGAUCAUCUCUGUACAGAAGAAAACUUCUAUAAAAAAUGUGUUAAAACGUCC